AUGGACGACGGCAGCUUCGUCCAGGAGAUGCAAAGCCACCGCGCCUCGGCCGCUGCCUGGCUGGCUGCAGUGGCCACGCCGCCCCCGAGAGCCAGCUCAGUGAGCCAGGACCUGCGGUCUGCAACAGACGUGCUGCGGCGUGGCUUGGAUGUGGCCUUGCGUGUCCGCAUCUUGUUGGAGGAGUACCUCGUUCUGCACGUGCGGGAAGGCGUACCGGUGCCCCGGGCCGUGCUGCCCAGCGUAGCAUUGGGCUUCCAGCUCCUGACGACGUUGCAGGCAGCACCAAAGGCCUGGGCGGAGGCAACGGCUUUUGUCCAGAGGCACUCUGCGCUAAAGCUUCAGCAGGAACUCCAGGAAACUGCAUCGAAGAUCAGGCUGCAGCGAGGCGGCCAAGCAGCUUCUGAGGCUCUCCGAGUGGCCUCGGCGUCCCUACAGCGAAUCCUCAGCAGCGUUGAAGAAGAGACCAACUCGUACUUCGACAUUGGCGCCGUGGCGCUCUCCCUGUGCUGCGCCGCUAGAGCGGAGGGCGCCUCUGAGGGCAUUGCAGGACGCUGGCGCGAGCUGAGGGUGGCCAGCCAUUGGCAACACCACCUUGCGAGGCUUUGCGACACCACUUGGUGUUACUGGAUCCGUGAGCUCCUGCCGGUGCUCCUGGAAGAACUGCGAGGAACUUCGUUGGUAUCUGCGCUUCCGUGGCUCUUCGCGGCCUUUGCGGCCCCCUUGGAGGCUCUCGUACCCGAAGGCCGGGCCAGGGACGCACUUCUUGUGGAGCUGCGAAAGGCAUUGGAGGUGGGCAUUAUGCAGCCUCUCUGUGCGAAGAUCGAGGAGGAUCUGCGGCUGCUGGCGCAUGCGACGAUGCAGGCCAACAAAGAAGCGCUGCCGCUUGCCCCACCGGAGGAGGCUCUCGUGCUGCUACGCUUGCGGCCGCUGCGGCUGACGGCCACCGACGUCGUCGACCUCAAGGAUCAGGUCGAGCUGCGGCUGAGCCGCCACUUCUACGACCUGGCUGCACUCGCACCUCAAGAUGCCGAGGCCUAUGCCCGGAUGCGCUCUGUGGCGCUGCAGCGGUAUGGUCUGGACCUCCUCGACGGCGGCUUGCCUGCCGGCUCUCUUGCGCAGGGGCUGGAUGUCAUUGAUGUGAUGCGGAACGUUCACCUCCUGGCCACACAGUACUGCUACAGCCUUCACCAACAGUUCUUUACGCAGGCCUCCAACCAGGGCGAGGCUAAGAUUCGAACGAUCACGGUGGAGCACUUGGCCGCCUCCAUCCGCGUCCAUGGCUACGGAGUCAUCAACACCGCCGUGAACUACAGCGUUGGCUUCAUCAAGCGCAAGCUCGAGGUGGUGGCUGAAUUCCUUGCGGAUGAAUCUGUCAAGUCGCGACUCCUGGCCGACAAGCAGUGGAUGCAGGGGCGGAGUUGCUACACCUGGGCGCGGGGUGUGGAGUCGGCAAAGGUCAUCCGAAGGCUUGGUGCCGGCCGUGAUGGUGUGUCUUUCCUGGACAAGCUCCGACAGGUAGUGUCGCAGAUCGGGAACAGCCUCGGCUAUGUUCGGAUGGUGAGGACGGCAGGCAUGCGAAGCAUGGCCGGAAGCUUGGACUUUCUCGAGGCGGCUCCUUGGCUAGGUCGACGGGAGUCAGGCGGUGGAGACAACCUCGGCAACGAUUUCUUGGAGGCUGCAGAGACCGCGUGUGGAGAUGCUGCAGUGAAAGAGGCCGCUCACCUGGCAGACACCGCAGCGCGCAGUGUCCGACGGUGCUUCGAGGCGAGCACGGACCAUCUGAACCUGCUCGCAGAAGUUUUCGCGAAAGCGCUCGCGAGGCAGGGCAGUGCAGCACCACGCCUCUUCCAUCUACUAGUGCCAAUCUUGGGCUGCUGCUUCCUGGAUUCGCUUCUCUUCGGGCGCGAGCUAUUGGCAAAGCGUGCAGUUACGCCUACCGGGGCCAAAGGGGAUGCCGUGCUCUUUGACGACGGCUUUGCCGUGGGGGUGGCUUUUGUGCUGCGUGUCUUUGGCCUGGACCGGGACUUCCAGUCCCUUCAUUGGUUUCAGACGGAGAUCGCCGACAGCGAUGUCGCGGCGGGGCGGGCGCGUGAAGCGGCUGGGCUUCCUUUCCAGGACUCCCAGAGAUCUGCGGCCCAAGCAGCCGCAGACCGCCGCGCGCUUCUGACCUCGGCACUGGGGCAGCUCGCAGCAGCACUCGAGGCCGCGAGCGCCCUCUUCGGGGCGCAUGCCGCAGAGCCCACAGCUCCUGAGGAGCACGGCCCUGCGCCAGACGACUCCGUCGAUGAUGCGGGCGACGACGCUACCGACGAUGUCAAGAAAAGCGCGAUCCUCCUCCAAGUCACCGACAUCUGGGGGAAUGCGCGCAUCCAGUCGCUAUUCCAGUGGCAUGCAGGGCUGUCGGACGAGGAGCGGAGCGGCGCGAAGCCCAAAGGCCGCAUCGCUGAAAGCUGCGAGGACGAGCAAAGCCUUGGCAGUGGGGACUUGGAUGCCUCUCGCGCCAGGGUGGAGGUGAAGACUGCCCUGGUCUCCGUCUUCGACAAGGCUGGCUUGGAGGAUCUGGGAAAGUUCCUGGCCUCCAAGGGCGUUCACAUCCUUUCCACGGGCGGUACGGCCGCAAAGCUUCGCGACCUGGGAUGCACUGUCCAGGAUGUCGCCGACUACACAGGGUCCCCGGAGAUCUUGGAUGGGCGUGUGAAGACGCUCCACCCCAAGGUGCACGGAGGCCUCCUGGCCGCGCGCGGCAACGCCGGACACGAGGCGGAGAUGGAGAAGCACGGCAUUCGAAAGAUUGAUCUCGUGGUGGUCAACCUGUAUCCGUUCCAGGAGGCUGUUGCCAAAGGUGGGGAUUUCGCCACCUGCAUCGAGAACAUCGACAUCGGCGGCCCAGCGAUGAUCCGAGCCUCAGCGAAGAACAACGCGGCUGUGACCAUCCUUACCAGCCCCAGCCAGUACGGCACCUUCAUGCAGCAAGUCUCCGACAACGCUGGCUGCACAACUUUUGCUUUCCGCAAGAACAUGGCCGCAGCCGCUUAUGCGCUCACCUCGUCCUACGACUCGGCCGUGAGCGCAUGGAUGGCUGGCGAGGUGACUGAGCCGCCCGCGAAGAAGACCCUCACCUUUGACCUGCAGAUGCCGCUGAAGUAUGGCUGCAACCCCCAUCAGCUGCCUGCCGGGCUUUGCGCCGUGGCUGGCGGCAAGCUGCCCUUCGAGGUGCUGAAUGGCACGCCGGGCUACAUCAACCUGCUGGACGCCAUCAACGCCUGGCAGCUGGUUCAUGAGCUUGGCAAGGCAACUGGUCUGCCAGCAGCCGCCUCCUUCAAGCAUGUCAGCCCGGCUGGUGCUGCCAUCGGGCUCCCUUUGAGCGAUGAGGAGAGGCUGGUCUAUGAGGUCAAGGACAAGGAGCUCACGGAUGUUGCAGCAGCCUACGUGCGUGCCAGGAAUGCUGACCCUAUGUGCUCCUUUGGCGAUUUCGUUGCCAUCUCUCACGAGGUGGACGUGGCCACAGCAAUGAUUUUGAAGAUCGAGGUCAGUGAUGGUAUCAUCGCUCCGUCCUUCGUCCCUGAGGCGUUGGAGACCCUCAAGGCGAAGAAGGGCGGCAAGUUCAUCGUCUUGAAGGCUGAUGCAGGCUUCAAGUACAGCGAUCUCGAGUAUCGAAUGGUCGGGGGUGUGGGCUUCAUGCAGAAGCGCAACGAUGCCAUCUUCGAUGCUUCGAAACUCGCAGAGGUUGUUACGUCCAGCAAGACCAUCCCAGACAAGGCCCAGAAGGACCUCAUCUUGGCUUCCAUCGCCAUCAAGUACACCCAGUCCAACUCGGUCGGCUACAGCAAGAAUGGCAUGAUGGUCGGCGUCGGUGCAGGCCAGCAAAGCCGCGUCGACUGCGUCAAGCUGGCGGGUCGCAAGGUGGCGACUUGGUGGCUGCGCUUCCACCCGAAAGUGAAGGGUCUGCCCUUCAAGGACGGCGUCAAGCGUCAGGACCGCGUGAAUGCCCGGGUGCGCUACAUCGAAGGCGAUAUGGAGGAGGCCGAGCGCACUGAGUGGCUGAAGAACUUCGAUGCCCCCCCGGAGCCGCUCUCGGCUGAAGAGAAGAGCACCUUCCUCAAAGGCCUGGAUGACGUCGCCAUCUCCUCGGAUGCUUUCUUCCCCUUCCGGGACUCUAUCGACCAUGCGACCAGGCUUGGUGUGAAGUUCGUUGCCCAGCCCGGCGGGUCCGUGGCAGACAAGGAGGUCAUCGAUGCCUGCAACACCUAUGGCAUGACCAUGGCUUUCACUCAGCUUCGCCUCUUCCAUCACUGA